UAUACAUAUGAUGAUUACACGCCUAUUUAGCCAGAGGAGCCUAACGGAACUUUGCCAAUGGGUAAUUUUUGCAACAAUUUUAAUAGUUUAAGGGAUUAACUGUCAAAAUAAAAGUUCAGGCAGUUUUGAGAGAGAGAGAGAGUAAAGUUCAGGCAUUUUUUUUUGUACUUUACCCUAUUUAAAAUAAAAAUAAAUUUUGAAUUCUUUUUUCCUUUUUUUUUUCCGCAUAAAUUUGAAUGUUCAACAUGCCCCGUCUUUUCCCUCUCUCGUUUUCAAAACAAAACCUUUUCUUCCCAUCAAAUCUCUCUCCAAUGAACCCUGAAAAUCUACUCCAACAACCCCUCGCCACCCAGAAGUGCACCGUUGGCUGUCCGAUCCUCGACCGCUUCCUCGGCGGCGGCGUCCCCUGCAACUCCGUCACGGAGCUCGUCUCCGAGAGCAGUUGCGGCAAAACCCAACUCUGCCUUCAACUCCUCAUCUCCGCUCAGCUCCCCAUCUCCCUGGGCGGCCUCGCCGCCUCUUCUCUCUACAUCCACUCCGAAUUCCCCUUCCCCUCUCGCCGCCUCCAACAACUCUCCCACUCCUUCCGCUCCUCACACCCCAACGUUUUCGGAUCUUACGAUCCCUGUGAUCGCAUAUUAGUUCAGGCAGUACAUUCCGCAGACCAACUGUUCGACGUAUUGCAACGGGUCGAUCCACUUCUCGCCAAUACACCAAAUCGCUUGCCCGUUAAGUUGAUCGUGAUUGAUUCAAUUGCUGCGCUAUUUCGCUCUGAAUUUGAGAACACCCCGUGUGAUCUUAAGCGCCGUUCUUCACUGUUUUUCAAGAUUUCGGGCAAGUUGAAGUCGCAGGCAAAGAGGUUUGGUCUUGCAGUUGUGCUUACAAACCAGGUGGUUGAUUUAGUGGUAUCACCUGAGGGAAUGAAUGAGCUAAAGGUUGGGAAUUUGGGCUGUUUGUAUUCGUCGGGGAGACGGGUUUGUCCUGCUUUGGGGCUAUCGUGGUCCAAUUGUGUGAAUUCAAGAUUGUUCUUGUCGAGAAAUGAGGAGAAAGUCCGCGAGGACACUGGUCUGGUUGAUGUGGGUGGUAGUGAUUUUGUCAAUAGACGAACAAAGCGGCAGCUUCAUGUUGUUUUUGCGCCCCAUUUGCCUGAUUCGUCUUGCGAGUUUCUGAUUGUGAGAGAGGGAGUUUUUGGAGUUGAAAGAUAACGAUUGGUUAAAGAGCUGAGAUGGAUCAGAUGGUUUAGAAAUGGAUGUUUUUGAGUUUAAUUUUACUUAUUUAAGUGGGAAACUUGAAAAAUGAGCAGCACAACUUCUUCCCUUGAAUUCUGUUUGAGGAAAGAACCAAAUGCAUACAAAAGCUGCAGUUGUAGGUUGACCAUAUAUGCAAGCAUUUCUUAUUUGGUGAAAAUUUGUACAUUACUCGUUAGACAUGGGAUAACGGAAUGGUGGGCAGUCAGCUGGUAUAAGGAACUGAGAGCUUCUUUUGGUAAAUGCAUCAGAUGCUGACGAGCAAGCUUUCAGCUGUGCUGGGUUCUGAAGGUGAUAGGAAGGUUAUUGCCAGCUAACAUCGAAGUGGAUGAUACGGGGACGGUGAGAAUUGAGAACUUGGAACUACUCAUUCCUUUGGAUUGGUCACUGAUUGUUAUGAUUAUCCAUUUGGAUUAGAAUCAUUUGGGAGAGGAAGGGGAGCUUCGGAGAGAAAGUUGGAGGAUGUUUUGGCUUGGGUGCUGAUAAAAGAAGAAUUGACAAGACCCGUUGAGACAUUUGAGAGAUAACAGAGGAAGAGAAGGACAAUGAAAGAGAACCCAGUCUCUUUUAAAGGCUUGAGGUUUGUAAAAUGCUUGAUGAUGAAGGGAGAGGAGGGAGUGGAUGGAAUAGGGGCUAGGCCAGAAAGGAGAGGGGGUAUAGUACUGUUGUUGACUGUUCACAUCAUGUCACGGAAUGCCCGGGGGUGGACGGAAAAAGGGGAGGCAGAAGUCAAGGAAUACAAGGAUCCAUGGUUGGUUGGCUUCCUCAUACAGGAGAGUGAACCGCAUUAGGAAAGUGAUUAUUGAUGAAAAAGGAAUUGAAUACAGAGAGUUUGCAAUGGAGAUAGAAGCAGGUAGGGAUGUGAAGUGGCUAUUGGUUAGAGUUGGUAAAAUUGUUAAUCCUCUCGAGAGUUCUACCAAACCAGUGUGAUUAUUCACUUUCCUUCAUUUUAUCCCUUCAUUUUUUUUUUUUUUUUGAAAAAAAAAAAAAAAAAAAAAAAAAAAAAAAAAUUUAUAGUGACUACCACCCUCGAAUUUUAUAGUGACUGACCAUGAGAGUGUCGUUGAUGUUUGUUAACGCCAUUAGUGUCGAAUAUUGAUUGUGCAUAAUAAAUUACAGAGACAAUGAAUUUCAUUUCUACUUUUCA